GGAUUAUUAAUUUAACCACGCCCACACCGUAUCUUUAACCGAACAUGUGGCAAAAUUAAUAUGGUGCCUUCCAGAGUGAAAGAAAGGCGUGCUAUUCGUGAUAAGAACCUGCUUCUAGCUGCUGCCGAAGUACGAGCAGGCAAAUGUACUUUGAGAGAGGCUUCAGAAAAAUAUUCGAUACCCAAAUCAACUCUCUGGGACCGGUUGUCGGGGAAGGUGCCUUUUGGUGCAACUAGUGGCCCAGAACGAUAUCUGAAUGACACUGAAGAGGAGCAGCUUGUGAAGUUUUUAGUUGGAGCAGCUAAAAUUGGGUUUCCUAGAUCAAAAAAGCAGGUUAUAACUAUUGUGCAAGCUUCUUUGGCUAAAAAACGAGGUUGCAGUGUGGACGAUAUUCAUGUCACUUCAGGCUGGUGGACAUCAUUUAAGAAACGACACCCAAUGCUGACGUUACGCUCUGGCAGCAAAUUGUCCUACCGUAGGUUAUUGGCAUCUUCACCUGAAACAAUAAAUGCCUAUUUUGAUACUUUAGAAGAAGCGAUGCAGAAAAACAAGCUUCAAAAUUCCCCAAUGCUGAUUUAUAAUUGUGACGAAACCGGUUUUCCAUUGGAACAUAAGCCGUGUAAAGUGAUUGGUGUAUGUGGUCAACGUGAUCUUCCUUCGAUUACAAGUGGUGACAAAACCCAAAUUACGGUUCUGGCUGCAUGCAGUGCAUCAGGCAAUCUUAUACCACCAAUGAUAAUUUUUGAUAGAAAACGAUUAAAACCCACUACACAUAUGAUUGGUGAAGUCCCAGGGACUGUGUACGCUUCAUCAAAGAAAGGGUGGAUAGAUUCAGAAAUAUUUCUAGAUUGGUUUGUAAAUUGUUUUCUAUUGAAUAUUCCACCUCAGCGACCAGUCUUACUUCUGGUUGAUGGACACUCCUCUCACUACCAUCCUGAUGUCAUACGUAAAGCUACGGAAAAUCACAUAAUUUUGUUUUGCCUUCCACCUCACACAACACACCUGUGUCAACCAUUAGACAGGUCAUGUUACAGUCCCUUAAAAGCUGCUUAUAAUCAGCAGUGCCAGCAAUUUCUUUGCACUAAUCCAGGCCAAGUUAUUAAUCGUUUUAAUUUUACAUCAAUAUUUGCUAAAGCUUGGGCACAGGCAAUGACUCCUUCCAACAUCAUUAUGGGAUUUAGGGCCACAGGAGUAUAUCCUUUAAAUCGAUACAUUGUACUUCAACAUGUUACCAAUUCUGAUGAUAACUGUGAAAUAGAUGAGUUAGCUUCAAAAAUGGGAAUGUAUGUUCCAUUAUAUAGUCCUUCCAAGUACCAACAUCAACAACUAAUCGAUGAAUCGUUAGAUACAAGCAUAUCUGAUGAUGACUCAAUGACAGGAUCAGAUAUUGAACCUGCUGACAGCCUUCAAAAUAUGCAACCAUCAUUCGUUAGCGAGUUUCUUGUAUUGCCAGAGCCACCUAAGAGUAAGAAUAUAUACACUGCUAAAGUACUUACAAGCAGUGAACAUUUGAGAUUAAUAGAAGAAAAAGAAAGGGAGAAAGCUAGGAAGGAAGAAGAAAAAGAAUUCAGGAAGCAAGAACGUGAACGAAAAAGGGAUGAAAAGAAAAGGCAGUUAGAGUUGAAGCCAAAGAGGAAAGCGAGGAAUAAGUCCGUAUCACAACCUGAACCUUUAUUUUCAAAUGAGGAACACAAGCGAUUCAGUACAAGACAGGAAAAUGGCUACAACAUUCCUGAUGAUAGAUACUGUCAAUGGUUGCGUAUUUUUUAUCCAAAUGAUCCAUUGGUAUCACUUAAUCUACCAAUUACAAGUAUUAAUACUUAUGAUAACGAGUCCUCCAGUGAUACAGAUAUUGGUGAUCAUUCUAAAGGAAAGAACCAGAAUGUUCAACUAUCAAGAGGUUCUAAAGAGAUUGGUACUUAUAGAGGUACUCUUGCACAGUCAACUGAAGAUGGAGGAGGUUCAAGGAGAAUUGGUACUAGAGGUACUCUUACACAGUCAAGUGAAGAUGGAGGAGGUUCAAAGAGAAUUGGUACUAGAGGUACUCUUACACAGUCAAGUGAAGAUGGAGGAGGUUCAAAGAGAAUUGGUACUAGAGGUACUCUUGCACACUCAACUGAAGAUGGAGGAGGUUCAAAGAGAAUUGGUACUAGAGGUGCUCUUACACAGUCAAGUGAAGAUGGAGGUGGUUCAAAGAGAAUUGGUACUAGAGGUACUCUUACACAGUCAAGUGAAGAUGGAGGAGGUUCAAAGAGAAUUGGUACUAGAGGUACUCUUACACAGUCAAGUGAAGAUGGAGGAGGUUCAAAGAGAAUUGGUACUAGAGGUACUCUUGCACACUCAACUGAAGAUGGAGGAGGUUCAAAGAGAAUUGGUACUAGAGGUACUCUUACACAGUCAAGUGAAGAUGGAGGAGGUUCAAAGAGAAUUGGUACUAGAGGUACUCUUACACGGUCAACUGAAGAUGGAAGAGGUUCAAAGAGAAUUGGCACUACUAGAGUUAGAAGUUACAGUAGUAUGUCAAAUAGAAAAGGUUCAAAAGGAGUAAUUCUUGAUUCCUCUGAUGUUGAAAAUUCUGAGUCGAUUGUGAGUAAAGAUGCCUACUGUGUUUGCAAGUCUGGGGAAUUUGGAGAGAUGAUUUACUGUGAUGCAAAAGAAUGUAAAAUUGGAUGGUGGCACUUUCACUGUGCUGGAAUAGAAAAGGCUCCUGUAGGGAAGUGGUUUUGUAGACUCUGUAGAUCUAGUGACAUCAUGUAAAGUCUUCUGGAAGUUGUUAUAUUAUUAUUAUCAGUUAAUUCAGUUUAUUAAAAAAUUGUUACUUCCUGUCCGGAAAUAAAGCAAAAAAGUAGUAGACUUCUAAUUGUUGUAUAAGCCAAACUGCUUGAUCAUUUGCUUUGAAAUCUUCUACAAUGAUAGUCAAAUGAUAUGGUUUUAUUACAAAUAAGACAGAUUGUUAUAAUCCACUUUCGUUCUCUGAGUCUUAUUCUUGUUUGUCCAUUGAUGCGUUUGGCCGCGCAUCAGUAUUUCAAGAGGUCACUUAUUUUUGUGGCUUGCUCCAAACUGUACAAGCUGCAGUACAAAACUCUGUCAUGACUUAAACCACAAUAGAUAAAUGUUAUCAUUAGUGUUG